UCAUCACAUCACCCCAUCUCUGCUGUUGGAUCGUCCCGCGGAGCUCCGUGACCUCACCAUGAGCUGAUCUCUCUGUUUUCUCCCCCUUUUUAUUUCUCUCCCAUCACCACCGAACCCCGGAUAUGUCCCAUAAACCCAAGUAAACAUCUCAUUUCCAUUGCGUCUAUCUAGUCAGGAUUACUUGUCGGUUCAUCUCCACCGUGUUUGCAGCCUGUUCGUGUCGUGCAGCCAUGGCACAGCAGGACGGUGCUGCCAAAAAGAACCCUGCCGUGGGGGCGUUGCAUUCCCACUUCCUGGUGGGGUCCGUGUCGGAGGAGAACUCGGAGGAUGAAAUCCAAGGGAAGGCCGAGAUGCAGCUGGAGGAAAAGGAGGCUCGCUCCCUGUCGCCGUCCUCUGGGAGCUCCGACAGCACCUAUGAAAUGGGUUUUGACCAUGUUGAUGGCUCCACGCACAAUCUAAGUAGACCAAGCAUGUCAGGACUGCACCUGGUGAAGCAAGGCAGAGAUCGCAGGCGAAUGGAUCUUCAAAGGGACUUCACCGUUGCUUCUCCCGCUGAAUUUGUCACCCGCUUUGGGGGUAACAAAGUUAUUGAAAAGGUGCUCAUCGCCAACAAUGGCAUUGCAGCGGUUAAAUGCAUGCGCUCCAUCCGCCGCUGGGCCUAUGAGAUGUUCCGCAAUGAGAGGGCAAUCCGGUUUGUCGUCAUGGUGACCCCGGAAGACCUGAAGGCCAAUGCAGAAUACAUUAAAAUGGCAGACCAUUACGUGCCUGUGCCAGGAGGGACUAACAACAACAAUUAUGCCAACGUUGAGCUCAUUCUGGACAUCGCAAAACGUAUACCUGUUCAGGCUGUGUGGGCUGGGUGGGGUCAUGCCUCAGAAAACCCCAAACUCCCAGAACUCCUUCACAAGAAUGCCAUUGCUUUCAUGGGUCCCCCCAGUCAGGCCAUGUGGGCUCUUGGAGACAAGAUUGCUUCUUCUAUAGUCGCUCAGACGGCAGGUAUUCCAACACUACCCUGGAGUGGAUCAGGCCUGACAGUUGAAUGGACAGAGAGCAGCCCAAAGAAGAGACUCAUUAACGUUCCUAAUGACGUGUAUGAACUUGGCUGCAUCCACGAUGUCGAGACUGGUCUCAAAGCUGCAGAGGACAUCGGCUACCCGGUGAUGGUAAAGGCCUCAGAAGGCGGUGGAGGAAAAGGAAUCCGUAAAGUGAACUCUGCUGACGACUUCCCUAACCUUUUCAGACAGGUCCAGACAGAAGUUCCUGGAUCUCCCAUCUUCGUCAUGCAGCUUGCCAAGCAUGCCCGCCAUUUGGAGGUGCAGAUUUUGGCGGAUCAGUACGGAAAUGCAAUCUCCCUUUUUGGCAGAGACUGUUCUGUGCAGCGGCGUCACCAGAAAAUUAUAGAAGAGGCUCCUGCUACCAUCGCCACUUCAGAUAUAUUUGAGGACAUGGAAAAGUGUGCUGUGAAGCUGGCAAAGAUGGUGGGCUACGUCAGUGCAGGUACAGUGGAGUACCUCUACAGCCAGGACGGCAGCUUCUACUUCCUGGAGCUCAACCCUCGUCUGCAGGUGGAACACCCUUGUACGGAGAUGGUGGCUGAUGUCAACUUGCCUUGCGCUCAGAUGCAGAUUGCUAUGGGUAUUCCUCUGCAUCGAAUCAAAGACAUAAGGGUCUUGUAUGGACUCCAGCCAUGGGGAGACUGUCCAAUUGACUUUGAGGGUCUGUCGAACAGCCCCUCCCCACGGGGCCACGUCAUCGCUGCACGCAUCACCAGUGAAAAUCCUGACGAGGGUUUCAAGCCGAGCUCUGGAACGGUGCAAGAGCUGAACUUUCGCAGCAAUAAGAACGUGUGGGGCUACUUCAGUGUUGCUGCAGCUGGAGGGCUGCAUGAGUUUGCCGACUCCCAGUUCGGACACUGCUUCUCUUGGGGCGAGAAUCGUGAAGAAGCUAUCUCCAACAUGGUGGUCGCUCUCAAGGAGCUGUCUAUAAGGGGGGACUUCCGAACCACAGUGGAAUACCUUAUUAAGCUGCUAGAGACCGAGAGCUUUCAGCACAACAGUAUCGACACCGGCUGGCUGGACAGGCUCAUAGCAGAGAAGAUGCAGGCGGAACGUCCCGACACCAUGCUGGGAAUCGUGAGUGGCGCCCUACAUGUGGCAGAUGUCAACCUGAGAAACAGCGUGUCCAACUUUCUGCAUUCCCUUGAAAGGGGCCAGGUGCUGCCAGCACACACGCUGCUGAACACCGUGGACGUGGAGCUGAUUUAUGAGGGCACCAAGUACGUCCUGACAGUGACACGGCAGUCUCCCAACUCGUACGUGGUCAUCAUGAACCACUCCUCCGCUGAGGUGGACGUCCAUCGGCUCAGCGAUGGAGGUCUUCUGCUGUCAUAUGACGGCAGCAGCUACACUACUUACAUGAAGGAAGAGGUAGACAGGUAUCGCAUCACAAUUGGGAACAAGACUUGUGUCUUUGAGAAGGAGAACGAUCCCUCGCUGCUACGAUCUCCUUCGGCAGGAAAAAUAAUUCAGUACACAGUCGAGGACGGCGGUCACGUGUUUUCUGGCCAAUGUUACGCUGAAAUAGAGGUGAUGAAGAUGGUGAUGACCCUCACUGCUGCAGAGUCUGGUUGUAUUCACUACGUGAAGAGGGCCGGAGCAGCUUUGGAUCCUGGCUGUGUCAUUGCCAAACUGCAGCUGGAUGACCCGAGCAGAGUGCAACAGGCGGAGUUGCACACAGGAAUCCUGCCUUCCAUUCAGGCUGUAGCUCUGAGAGGAGAGAAACUGCACCGAGUUUUCCACAGCACUCUGGAUCAUCAUGUUCACAUAAUGAACGGUUACUGCCUUCCAGAGCCCUUCUUCAGUGCUAAGUUGAAGGAGUGGGUGGAGAGGCUCAUGAAGACCAUGCGGGAUCCAUCUUUGCCGGUGCUGGAACUUCAGGACAUCAUGACGAGCGUGUCUGGCCGCAUCCCACCGGCGGUGGAGAAGUCCAUCAAGAAGGAGAUGGCCCAGUAUGCCAGCAACAUAACGUCGGUGCUCUGCCAGUUCCCCAGCCAGCAGAUCGCAAAUAUCCUGGAUAGCCAUGCUGCUACGCUCAACAAGAAGUCUGAGAGAGAAGUGUUCUUCAUGAACACACAAAGCAUUGUUCAGCUGGUGCAAAAGUAUCGCAGUGGUAUCCGAGGCCACAUGAAGGCCGUAGUGAUGGACUUGCUCAGACAGUAUCUGAAAGUAGAGAUCCAGUUUCAGAAUGGACACUAUGACAAGUGUGUUUUUGCACUGCGUGAGGAAAACAAAGGUGACAUGGCCAACGUCCUCAACUAUAUCUUCUCUCAUGCUCAAGUCACCAAAAAGAACCUGCUGGUCACCAUGCUGAUUGAUCAGCUCUGCGGCCGCGAUCCCACCCUGACGGACGAACUGAUGGCCAUUUUGACCGAACUCACGCAGCUCAGCAAGACAACUAAUGCCAAGGUGGCACUGCGUGCUCGGCAGGUGCUGAUAGCCUCCCACCUUCCAUCCUAUGAGCUACGACACAACCAGGUGGAGUCCAUCUUCCUCUCUGCCAUUGAUAUGUAUGGCCACCAGUUCUGCAUCGAAAACCUGCAGAAACUCAUCCUUUCAGAGACAUCCAUCUUUGAUGUGCUGCCCAACUUCUUCUACCACACCAAUCAAGUGGUCAGGAUGGCUGCCCUGGAGGUGUACGUUCGCAGAGCAUACAUUGCCUACGAGCUUAACAGUGUUCAGCACCGACAACUGAGGGACAACACAUGUGUAGUAGAGUUCCAAUUCAUGCUUCCUACUUCUCAUCCCAACAGAGGGAACAUCCCCACUCUAAACAGGAAAAUACCUACCGGUACUUCCUUCUUGGAUAAUGUAAAAGCCAAGGACAGUAAAUUACGGACACCUAAACCUCAGGACGUUAAAGCGCGGGAUAGUGAAUCUAAGGACGAUAGUGCCGAGAAGGAAAAUCCCACAGAUUUGGAAUCUGAGAACAGGAUGUCUUUUUCAUCCAACCUGAAUCACUAUGGCAUGGUGCACGUGGCCAGCGUGAGUGACGUGCUGCUAGACACAUCCUUUACGCCGCCUUGUCAGCGCAUGGGAGCCAUGGUUGCCUUCCGCACAUUCCAGGAGUUCACAAGGAACAUAACCGAUGUCUUGAGUUGCUUCUCCGACUCUCCUCCCUCAAGUCCAACCUUCCCAGAUGGAGCCAAUCCCGUCCUGUAUGGCGAAGAGGACAACAAGAGUGUCCAAGAUGAGCCUAUUCAUAUCCUUAACGUGGCCAUCAAGACUGACAGUGACAUCGAUGAUGAUGGCCUAGCGUCCAUGUUUCGGGAGUUUACUCAGUCAAAGAAAGCGCUGCUGUUUGAACAUGACAUCCGAAGGCUGACUUUCCUCGUUGCACAGAAGGAUUUCAGAAAGCAAGUCAACUGUGAGGUGGACCAAAGGUUUCAUAGGGAGUUUCCAAAAUUCUUCACAUUUCGUGCCAGAGACAAGUUUGAGGAGGACAGGAUCUACCGGCACUUGGAGCCGGCGUUAGCAUUCCAGUUGGAACUCAACCGCAUGCGUAAUUUUGCUCUAACUGCAAUACCGUGUGCGAAUCACAAGAUGCACCUGUAUCUGGGCGCAGCUCGUGUGGAGGUGGGCACAGAAGUCACCGAUUACCGUUUCUUUGUCCGCGCAAUCAUCCGCCACUCUGAUCUGGUGACAAAGGAGGCUUCCUUUGAAUAUCUGCACAAUGAAGCAGAGCGUCUGCUGCUGGAAGCCAUGGAUGAGCUGGAGGUGGCGUUCAACAACACAACUGUACGGACCGACUGUAACCAUAUCUUCUUAAACUUCGUUCCUACAGUCAUCAUGGACCCAUCGAAGAUUGAGGAGUCUGUGCGCUCCAUGGUGAUGCGUUACGGCAGCCGUCUGUGGAAGCUGCGUGUCCUGCAGGCUGAACUGAAAAUUAAUAUCCGCCUGACUCCAACAGGAAAGCAAAUUCCCAUCCGGCUCUUCCUUACUAAUGAAUCCGGCUACUAUCUGGAUAUCAGCCUCUACAAGGAGGUCACUGAUUCCCGAACGGGACAGGUGGGGCCCAAAGAUCGACAGAUUAUGUUCCAAGCAUAUGGAGACAAGCAAGGGCCCCUGCAUGGGAUGCUCAUCAAUACUCCCUAUGUCACCAAGGAUCUGUUGCAGUCCAAGCGCUUCCAGGCACAAUCUCUGGGUACCACCUAUGUCUACGACUUUCCAGAAAUGUUCAGACAGUCUCUGAAAAAGCUGUGGCACUCUACCCUAAAUUAUGCCACCUUGCCCAAGUGCCCUGCUCCCUCUGACCUUCUCACCUUCACUGAGCUGGUUCUGGAUGCUCAGGAUCAGAUGGUGCAGAUGAACCGGCUGCCGGGGGGCAAUGAGAUCGGUAUGGUGGCAUGGCGGAUGACCAUCCGGACUCCAGAGUAUCCAGCAGGACGUGAGAUCAUAGUCAUAAGUAAUGAUAUCACGCACAAGAUAGGCUCGUUCGGGCCCCAGGAGGACAUGCUGUUCCUGCGAGCCUCGGAGAUGGCACGAGAGAGCGGCAUCCCCCGCAUCUACAUCGCAGCCAACAGCGGCGCCCGCAUCGGCCUGGCGGAGGAGAUCAGGCACAUGUUCCACGUGGCCUGGCAAGAUCCGGUCGAUCCUUACAAGGGUUUCAAGUAUCUCUACCUCACACCUCAAGAUUACAAAAAGGUCUCAGCUCUAAACUCUGUACAUUGUGAACAUGUGGAGGACGAAGGAGAAUCCAGGUACAAGAUCACUGACAUUAUUGGAAAAGAUGAAGGGCUGGGUGUGGAGAAUCUGAGGGGGUCUGGAAUGAUUGCCGGAGAAUCUUCUCUGGCUUAUGACGAGAUCAUCACUAUGAAUCUGGUUACAUGCCGAGCCAUUGGAAUCGGCGCCUAUCUGGUGAGGCUUGGACAGCGAACCAUCCAAGUGGACAACUCUCAUAUCAUCCUCACCGGCGCUGGGGCUCUCAACAAGGUGUUGGGCAGAGAAGUGUACACAUCCAACAACCAGCUCGGCGGGGUUCAGAUCAUGCACAACAAUGGCGUGACCCACUCCACUGUCUGUGAUGACUUUGAGGGAGUCUACACUUUGUUGCAGUGGCUGUCCUACAUGCCCAAGUGCACAUCAAGUCCAGUGCCCAUCUUGUUCGCGAAGGAUCCUGUAGAUCGGCCAAUAGAAUUUGUGCCUACCAAGGCUCCGUAUGACCCUCGCUGGAUGUUGGCCGGACGGCCCAGCCAGACUCCAAAGGGGUCCUGGCAGAGUGGUUUCUUUGACCACGGCUCUUUCAUGGAGAUAAUGCAACCAUGGGCCCAGAGUGUGGUCGUAGGCAGAGCCAGACUGGGUGGGAUUCCUACCGGAGUGGUUGCUGUCGAGACCAGGUCGGUGGAGCUGUCGAUCCCAGCCGACCCAGCUAAUUUAGACUCGGAGGCAAAGAUCAUCCAGCAGGCAGGACAGGUGUGGUUUCCAGAUUCUGCUUUUAAAACAGCCCAGGCAAUCAAGGACCUGAACCGAGAGGGCUUGCCUCUUAUAGUAUUUGCCAACUGGAGGGGAUUUUCUGGAGGAAUGAAAGACAUGUAUGACCAGGUCCUGAAGUUCGGGGCGUACAUCGUGGACGGUCUGAGGGAGUACAAACAGCCAGUUCUGGUUUAUAUCCCUCCCCAGGCUGAGCUGAGAGGAGGCUCCUGGGUGGUUAUCGAUCCCACAAUCAACCUCCGUCACAUGGAGAUGUACGCCGACAAAGACAGCCGAGGUGGAGUGCUGGAGCCAGAGGGGACCGUGGAAAUUAAGUUCAGGAGGAAGGACCUGGUGAAGACCAUGAGAAGAGUAGACCCGGUCUACAUGGGCUUGGCCGAGAGAUUGGGAACCCCAGAACUGAGCCCCCCUGAUCGGAAAGAGCUGGAGACCAAGCUGAAGGAGCGGGAGGAGUUUCUGUUGCCCAUCUACCAUCAGGUGGCCGUGCAGUUUGCAGACCUGCACGACACUCCGGGUCGCAUGCAGGAGAAAGGCGUAAUCACGGAUAUCCUGGAAUGGCAGACGUCCCGUCACUUCUUCUACUGGCGGAUGAGGCGUCUGCUACUGGAGGACACCGUGAAGAGCAAGAUUCAAGCUGCCAACAGCGAGCUGACAGACGGCCAGAUUCAGGCGAUGCUGCGCCGCUGGUUUGUGGAGGCUGAAGGGGCUGUUAAGGUUUAUCUAUGGGAUAACAAUGAAGUGGUGGUCGAGUGGCUGGAGAAGCAGCUGGCUGAAGAAGAAGGCGCGAGAUCUGUAAUUGAUGAGAACAUCAAGUACAUCCGGCGAGAUCACCUCCUCAAGCAGAUUCGCAGUCUCGUUCAGGCUAAUCCAGAAGUCGCGAUGGAUUCUAUCGUGCACAUGACCCAGCACAUCUCCCCCACGCAGAGAGCUGAGGUGGUGCGCAUCUUGUCCACCAUGGAGACGUCGGCCUCCUCCUAACGGGAGCCCGGCCGAGGCACAGAUGAGGCCGCAGACAGCCGGAGGAGCCGGGCCCGGCGGCCCCGGCCCUCUCUGGGACCUGUGGAGGAGCCAACGCCAUGGCCCCUGGUAGCUGCCAGGUUACAGAUGAAGCGUUGGCUAUGAUUCUCACUCAGAAAGAGCUAAAAUGAUUGGCAUUUUUGUAAAUGGCCUCUGUUCGCAUAGAUCUCUGCUUUUUUUUUUUUUGUGCUUAGUGAUUUUCUUUUUUUUCUCUUUUCUUUUUUAAUAACAGUCUAGAAAUAUCUGUUGAGUAAUAUUCCAUAUGUUUACACUGUUGGCUUAAAAGGAUGCUUAUGCAUCUAGAAUAGUCAGUAGCCUCCCUCGUUUUGAAUUGUAUAAAGUAAUAUAUAUUAACAUCUUGCACCUUUUUGUUUGUGGCAUAUAUUUAAGAUUUCCAGCUCAAGAAUGACUACACAUUGCCAGGGAGUUAGUCGGAGAGGGGUUUCUACUCUCCUGAGCCAGAAGCACUUAGUUACGGAACAAAGGCAGGGAACGCUGUGACAGAUUUGGACAGGGAAGCCCAGCAGGGAGCAGGGACGAGGUCUUUUUCAGACCCCGACUGUUUCACAGUUACCCAGCAGUGAGCAGUGGGCAGCUCGCCUCGCAACAAAACCACAGCUGUCCCUUCUGUUCUCAGCCACACAUGCUGCUUCGCAUGCACUUUAGUGCUUCCUGUUGUCUCACGUCGCACCCAGAUUCAAAACCUGCACAGCUUUCACUGCUGCGGCCAAUAUAAAAACACGCAUGCACAAAGUGACACGAGCAUUAACCCACAAGGUGGGUAAGAGCUUAAAUAAGAUGUUGAUAAAGGAAGGACCGUGGUUCCAUAGACAGGGUGAAUAACUUGGACUCGUUUAGAAAGAUUAGAUACUACUUUGAUAGUUGUUGCUCUGCUUCCUCUAGGACCACAUUAGCUUUAGGUUUUGAACCAAAGAAACUCGAGAAUUUAUCAGUUGGCCAAAUCAAUAUCUGUUUUGGGGAGAAAAAAAAAAAGAAACGCUGCUGUUUACUUGACUUACAUGUAUCUUGCCAGAAGUGGUGUCUUAAUUUGAUCUGUAUUCCACGGAAACGUUACUGUUACUACUGUAUGUUUCAAUACUUAUUGUUAAUGAUUUGUUGAAAACAAUGUUAAAAUCAGAUGUUACUUACUUCUCUACGUGAAUUUGUUACUUAAAGACGGGCAUACUUGUACAUAUUAAUAGCAAACGGCACUGCUCUGAAACAGACCUUUGGAUCGUUGUCAGUUGUUUUGCGCUAAUCCUCAUGGCUUCAUAGUCAAUGCUGUGCCUUUCUAGUGACCAUACUGACAUGCUGGCCCGUUGCUUUAUAAGUAAUUGGUCAUUUCUUGUACAAGGACAGAGAAGUGAUGAGCUUUCAAUGUGUCUUCAAACUUAAUAAAACUUACCAACA